UAACUCUGGUCACAUGAUCACACGUGCACUAGUGAGGAAGCCGAACGGAAACAUAUGUUGGUGCAACAAAACUGCAGAACCGCAGAACUGCUUCAGUUUUCUGUUUCUUAUCUAUUCCUGUUUUGCCUCUGAUGUGUCUAUGAUGUCUGCAAGCAUGAAGUCUGAUAUAGCAUAUGAGAAGAUGGAGUCUGGUAAAAGAGAGAGUCUUCUGAAACUUCAGAAGUAUUCCAGGUGUAUUCUGAUCAUCGGCUGUCUUACUGCUGUGCUGCUCAUGAUGUUUAGCCUUCAAACACUCCUUAUUCCUUCAAUUAUGACAUCUCGCCUGAAGAUAAAUGCUUCCAGUAUGCACAGCUGUACUGACCAAUGCAGACUGGUUCUGGUGGAGAGCAUCCCAGUGGGCAUGGAUUUCAACUCGUCUGUUAGUCAUCCAUCCAUCUAUGAGGCAUGGCGGGGUCUCUUAUCACAGGCACAAAGCAGUCUGGACAUUUCUUCCUUCUACUGGACCCUCACUAACGAAGACACGCACACACACGAGCCCACAGCCAAUCAGGGAGAGAAGAUCAUGCAGGAACUCGUAGAGCUUUCUGGGAAAAUCUCUGUGCGCAUUGCGGUGAAUACUCCUCAGGACAGUCAGUCAUCUCGUGACCUCAAGAUGCUCAUUGAUGCUGGUGCUGAUGUGAGGAAUGUAAACAUGCGAGAUUUAACAUCUGGUGUGCUGCACACUAAGUUCUGGGUGGUUGAUAAGAAGCACAUUUACAUCGGUAGCGCCAACAUGGACUGGAGAUCCUUAACUCAGGUGAAGGAGCUAAGUGCUGUGGUAUAUGACUGUAAAUGCCUUGCUGAAGACCUUGGGAAAAUAUUUGAAGCUUAUUGGUUCCUUGGCAACAGCAAGACAAUACCUGCUCCGUGGCCAAGCCAAUAUGCUACAGCCUUUAACAAAGACACACCUAUGCAGCUACCAAUCAAUGGGACAGACUCUAGAGUUUACCUGUCGAGUGCUCCUCCUUCUUUGUGUGCUGAGGGGCGAACUCCAGAUCUUCAGGCCAUUUUAAGCAUCAUUAAUGAUGCACAGGAGUUUGUUUACAUUGCUGUGAUGAACUACUUGCCCACUAUGGAGUUCUCAGAUCCUAAAAGAUACUGGGCUGCUAUUGACACUGAGCUGAGACGUGUGGCAUUCGAGAGAGCCAUUCAUGUGCGUUUACUGAUCAGUUGUUGGAACAGCAUGUCUGCAGUCAUGUUCCCAUUUUUACUCUCUCUUGCAUCUGUACAGGAGUCAGAGAGUAACCUGGAUAUACAGGUGAAAAUCUUCAUUGUUCCCAGCAGCCCGAGUCAAAAGGAAAUACCCUUUGCUCGUGUGAACCAUAACAAGUACAUGGUGACAGACAGAGUUGCCUAUAUAGGAACAUCAAACUGGUCCGGUGAUUACUUUGUGAACACGGCAGGCUCAGCAUUAGUGGUGAACCAGACUUCAAGCUCAUCCUCAGAAUCCACAGUGAGAGAACAGCUGCAGGAUGUGUUCACAAGAGACUGGGAUUCUUCUUACAGCACUCCACUCAACCACAACAGCAACCUCGAACAGAUAUGUGAAAUAUAACAGAAUCAGCAGGGGGCGCUCCCUUUAAAGUCCCUUAUGUUCUAGUGUUAUUUUAAUGCAGCCACAUAAACGUCAAAGCCACCAAGCCAUGAACAUGGAGUUGGAACAAUGUGGCUGAAGUGAUGAUGUCUCAGAUUUACACGCUUGGUUUGCAUUUACUUUAAAGAGAAUUUGCAAGCUGAUGUAACAUAAUGAAAGAAACAUGUUUUUUUGUUUGUUUGUUUUUUGUCACUGAAUUCAGUGAUAAUUGCCAAUCCAGCACUUAUCUACCCAUCCACGCUUGAGUUACAAGAAUGGCCAAUAAAAUAGCAACUACAGGAAAAUCAAUGGGGAAAAAAGCGAGCUUGAAGCACAGGACACGAUGCUCAGUCCAGUACACAACUGACUGUUUUCUCCUUGCACUACAUAAAUCCUAACACAUAAUGAACCUUACAAACUGAGGGAACUUCACUAGGGAAUCUUUACAUCUUAACUUUAUAUCCUGUAUUCACUUCUAAAAUGGAAAUGUAUUUAACUACCUUUUUUCUAAUGACUCAGUUGUUACAGAUAGCAUUAUAAUACACUUGCACUUUGACACAAUACAUCAAUACAUUUUUUAUUGUAAUAGAGGGAAUAUAAAACCUGUACUGGGGUAGAUGUGUGUGUUUUAUUAAUAUUUUAGUAUGCUUUUAAUUAAAACUGGUAUCAAUUUUUAUUUUCUCAGAUAAAUCUGGUCACUGAUGCCUGGUCACUGAUGCCCAAAAAUGUCAGAAUAAUUAUGCUGCUGUCAUUUAGCUGCCUUAAAUUUGAAAUUUGAAAUGCAUUACCAUUUGAACUUAUUUUUGUGUGUGUGUGUGUGUGUGUGUGUGUGUUUCUUUUUGGUGAAUAAAUACUUUUUACUUUUUUCCAGCAAAACUCCUGUAUAACCUAUUCUGAGAAUCAGUCCCAGAUUUUCAUUAAUUACUUACAAGCUCUCAUUGCUGAGGCCCGGGUUUGAUUCCUGGGCAGGGAGCUGACCCACCCACUGAAGAUCAAACUCUCAGUGCCGGUCUCAAGCCCAGAUAAAAUGGGAGGGUUGCGCCAGGAAGGGCAAUGAGCGUAAAACCUGUGCCAAAUAAAAAAAUACACUGUGGUGACCCCGAACAAGGGGCACGAGUACAACAAUGAUAAUGCAAAGUUCUAGAGUUUUUUUCUCAAUCCUUGUUUAUUUCUGAUAUUUUUGUCCAUAUCUGCUUCAGCUCAUAAACACACCUUUCAUGAACAUAAAA